AUGGCUUCAGCAGCGGCCCCAUCGUUUCAUGCAACAGAAAAGACAGCUAAUUACGCCCGGUUAUGCAGACUUCUAGUGGAUGUCAGUUCCCAUAUCCUGAGAGAGACAUUUGACAAAAAGCGUCCACCAGAAAACCUGGAAAAAGUUCUGUCAACUCCAGAGAUUCGUGAUGCGCUACAAGAACUCAGAAGAAGAAAAGUACUGAGUCUAUCACAAUGGGGCAAACUGUACCCUGCCAUCAAAUCAUCAGUCUCAUCAAGAGAUUUCGAUAUCACUCUACUGGUGGUACUGUUGAGGAACAUUUGUGGUCUUGUUCGUCCAGCUACCGGCUGGGAUACACUUCCUCCUGUGACAGACACAACCCUUGAGGCGGACAUUGCGCGCAUCAAGUACUACAGAAACACAGUUUAUGGUCAUGCCAGCGAGGCCUCAGUUGAUGAUGUAACAUUUAAACAAUACUGGCAGGACAUCCAAGAUGCAUUGGUGAGACUGGGAGGAGCUGGUUACCGAAGUGCUAUCGAUGAUCUGAAAAAGGAAUGCAUAGACCCUGAUUUCGCAGAACACUACAAAGAGCUUCUUAAACAGUGGGUGAUGGAUGAAGUCAGUAUCAAGGAAAGAUUGGAUAAAAUGAAAGAAGAGUUGGAGAAGAGGUUUGAUGACUUGGAAGUGAAAAUUUUCGAUCCUGAAAGGAGGAAGGAAACAGGAGGUAAUUCCACGAAAAUGGAGAGAAAAGAGGACGUCAACAUUCUGAUACUGGGAGAGACAGGAGUCGGGAAGUCCACCUGGAUCAAUGGGAUUGUCAACUAUUUGAAGCAUAGCUCUCUCCAAGCCGCCAUUGAUGCCCGUGAAUUCACUGUUUUGAUACCUUUUAGGUUUGCCUAUACGAAUGAGAAAGGGGAAGGGACGGAAGUUUGCUUUGGUUCUGAUGCAAAUGAAAUUUUCGCCACCGGUCGGUCUGCUACCCAGUCCCCUCGGGAGUAUAUGUUUGAGACAGAGAUCGCCAAGUUCCACCUUAUCGACACUCCAGGCAUUGGGGAUUGUCGAGGAACUGACAAAGACAAAGAACACUUUGAAGAAAUUAUGGCCUUUCUCAGCAUUUACGACAAGAUCCACGCCGUGGUGGUGCUCCUCAAGCCAAACAAUCCCAGGUUGACUGUGGCCUUCAGGUUUUGUGUUUUGGAGCUGCUUAAGCACCUUCAUAAAUCACUGCAAUCCAACAUUAUAUUUGCCUUUACUAACUCCAGGGGAACGUUUUACCAGCCAGGAGACACCCUGCCAGUUCUCAAGGAACUCCUGGAGAAAAACAACCUUAAAAUCGAUGUUUCGCCUUCCAACUAUUUUUGUUUCGACAACGAAGCUUUCAGAUUUCUUGCCUGCAGCAGGAAAGGAAUUGAAUUUACACCGAAAAUGGUUGGCAUCUACAAAGAGAGUUGGGACCUGUCGCGCGAAACUACGACCAAGCUCUUUCAUAAAGUGAUGGAAAUGAAGCCACAUGAGACGAAAGAGACUUUGAGCCUAAACAAUGCAAGGGAAUACACAGCGGCCUUAGUCAAACCCAUGGCGGAAGCUGUCGAAAUAAUUAAUUUCAACUUGAAGACGAUUAAAACGGAAAAAGAGAAGUGCAAAGCCUGCGACAACGACAUCAACCGUUUUCGAGCUCAGUUAAAGUUCAAAGGGUUUGAUCUUACGUUUGUGAAGCUAGAAUACCCCAUGACUGUCUGUGCUGGUCAAGGAUGUAAGACGUAUGUGAAUGUUGGUGAAGAUCGUGUGAGGCGUACUGUCUAUAGUCAGAUCUGCCAUGAUCAUUGCUACCUUUCAGGAGUGCCCUAUGAGACUAUCAACAACGAGAAGCUUCGUGAUUGUAAGGCAAUGAAAAAUGAUCUUUGCAGUAAAUGUUCUCACAGCUACAAAGUCCACAUGCAUAUCACCUACAAAACUACUCUCGUGCAGAAUGAAUUCUUAUCUCAGAAAACACAGGAGAUUAUUUUGCAGAAAAAGGAUAUGAAGUCCCAGAAGGAAGAGUUCAUUAGUUGUUUGAAAGCGCAAAUUGAUGAAUUGAAGAAAGAAAAGAAAUACAUCUAUGAAAGCGCAUGCUUUUUCGGCGUCUUUCUCAAAAAUAACGCCAUGAUCCCCUAUAACGAUGCCUUUGGCGAGUACAUCGACAUGCUAAUCCAAGAUGAGGAAUCUAAGGAGAAGGAGAUCAGAGACCCUGAGAGGAUUAAAAAGUUUGUGAAGGAAAAACAGGCUUAUGAGGAGAAGAAAAAACUCCUCAUCGAAACGAUGGCAUCGCGCUCUGAGGGAGAGUCUGGAAAUCUGCACAUAGAGCAAAUCUACGCUAGAAAAGAAAAGCUCUGUUCUUUGAAGUACAAUGGAAAGAUGCUGAAAGAGGCUCUAGAUGGCGUCAUGUCUGCAACACAGAAUAUGUACAAAGAAAGAGUCAGCUGCUUGCAAAUCAAUGGAAAUGACCGUCUCUGGAGCAGCUUCCUCAACAAAGGGAACCCUUUCUGGUGAACUCCGUCAGCGGCAACCUCAGCAUCUCCCUCAGUUGGGAGGGAAAGAUUAACGAACGUUUGCAUAGUCAAUGAUUUGUGCUCGUGAGAAGAUAUUUUAUAAACAACAUAAUUUUCUGUGCCUCUGGUGGGUGGCUGACUUGGUAUGUCUUCGACAAUUGCGCACUAUAGUUUCUACAUUUGCUGUUUGUUAUAUUUACAUUGCUGGCUUUUUUAAGGUCGAUUAAUCUUAACAAAAAGGAAAUAAGCGUAUCCUAUGUCUCCUAAUAUCAAAAAUACCAGGUAGAAAUCUCUUUCCAUGUUGCUUUUUUAAAUUUAGCAAUACUUGCUUUGAAGCAAGACUUCGCGACCAAAGCAAUCAAGUAGAAAACGCGAUAUUUUGCGGCGGAGUUUAGCUGUUCCCAGAGGUGAACAUUUUGCCAGUGCACAAGCUUGAAGAAAACUGUAAUGGAAUAUUUCGAGUGCGAUCAAAUCUAUUGAUAAGGAAGUAAGAGAUUUUUCGUAAUGGGGAAAGUGUGAUGACCGUUAGACAGUCUAUUGUAGUUUAGGGUUAACCGAAAGGCCUUGGUUCCGUCUUUUAACUCUCAACAGAACAAUCAAGUAGCUUGUUUGAUAUCCUGCUCUCACGGCACGUAAUCGUUUUAGUUUAGCUCAGUUGUUUUUAAUUUCGUGCCUUCGUAUUAUUGAGAAAACAAAGAUCAAAAAGAGGCCAGCGUAGGAUUAUUAUGUUAGUGAAGAACCUCUUUCUUUAGUUUUCGAUCAAAUAUCGAUGUUUUAGUUUCUGGAAUAUUUAUCUCUUCAACUGACAGCACCGUGACGCCUUCGUGAAAAUGAUUUUAGAAAUAAGCCUUUGCUCAGUAGUUUUGUUGAAAGCAAGGUUUUUGGCUUGCAGGCAAUCAGUUAGGUUUUGUUCCUUUUGGCUAAAUUGAGGUUUGUGGCUAAAUGUUUAUCAGCAUUUAGUGAGUUUCGGAGUGUGUUAUUCGCAAGAAAUUACCACGGGUUAAAUCAUUCAACACGAUACAAAGAUUAACCUUAGUUCUUACCUUAUACUUUAUUAUAUUGAACUCUCAGCUUACGGCUUUCAA